AUGACAGUAAGGGAUCGCCUGGGGAGGCCUCAUGCAGCUGCAGCCUUGCAGAGAAAGAGACGUCGUUCGCAGCGGGAUGCGCCCAAUAAUAUGCGCUGCGGUACUGAACGAGGAUACCGUGCCUGCAUCCAGUCGGCACCGCAUCUCCGGCGUCACACAAGAUCGCCGCCGUUGCCCACACGCGGCAGGUACCCGAGCGCCUUUGAUCGCAAUCUCCAGAGUCCCGAAAUAUCCAUCAUCGUCGCCAGACGACAUCACCGGGCCCAGUUUAACGGCACAUCGCAAUCGCGCGCCGACCGCUCUGGGGAACGGAGCAGAUGCGGCAUGGUGAUGAAGGGGGCUUUUGAGCACACUGCUCCUUCGCCAGACGAAACCCGCAAGUUGGUCCCCCAGCCCCCCUUUGAUCGUAUCGUGAAUGAGAGUGGUGAGCCGCGUGCCGGCAGUCUAACGAGAUUGCGGCCGCGUGCGCCGGCACAGGACAGGAAUGAAUUGCGCGUCCGCACACCUCCGUCCGCACAGCAGCACGUUGUGCGGCGUCUUGACCGCCCUGCUCUCGUGCGCCGGUCAAAAAAAAAGAGAAGUUUGUGGUGUCGGUCUGAGCCGCCGAGCGACAUCGAGCGACGAAACUGUGCAUUUGAUCCGGCGGCGCAGCCCGCCAGCGGCUACGAGGUCGAGCAGAAGGUUCGCGCGGCACAGCAACAGCGGACGGCGUCAGACGGACGGAGUUGGUCGUCGAUCCGCGAGCAGUGCGACGGCAUCUAUCGCCUUUAUCAUAGCUCAGGGUCUAUCCGAAGACAAGGAGCGAGGGUAUUCCGUAUCGAUAAACCGCCCCCCUCCUUCCCAACUCCCGGUGCUUGGGACAACGCCGUAAUCACGAUCCCUGAGCGCUGA